AUGACGGGGGAGAGACGGAGGAACUGGCAUUCAAGAAAGGGCAAUAAAAGAACACAUCCCAGAAGAUACUACACAAAUCCCUUGGAAGAAAGAUACGCAAAUUACGAAGAAACUGGAAGGAGAGGAUGGCACUCCAGCUACAGCCCAGAGAGAGAGCAACUUCAAUACGACGCGUACAUGCAGCAGAGGCACAGGCCCUGGGGGACACAGUAUCAGUCAAGAUAUACGCACAGAGAGAGAGAUUAUGCUUCAGAGACACUGCACCCAGCAGAGCAGAAAGAAGAAAUUCCGUGUGCACAAAGCAGUCACCCAGAAGAAGCAGUAGAAGAAGCAAUAGAAGAGUAUGUUAGUCUAGAGGAGAUACAGGAUCUGUCCAUAACGUACACAGACAGCAGUGCAUACGCAGACAGUCAGAAAGAGAAAGAAGCCACUGAAGCACCACACAGAGACACGCACAAGAGCCAGAAGAGAAGAAAAAUAGAAGAAGACACAAUAGAAAUAUACGAAAGAGAACAAAAUGCACAGAAAGCCACAGAAAAUAAGACAGUCAUAACAGAGCAAUAUACACACCAGGAUGUACCCGAAGAAGGUGAAGGUGGUAAAGGUAGAGAAGAAAUAGUGAAAGUGGAAGUGAAAGGAGAAGGUAGAGAAGAAAUAGUUGAAGAAGGUGAAGAAAUAUUCACUCAGCCAACACCCACAGAAGAAGCAGAAGGUGGUGAAGGAGCAGAUUUUGCAAGCGCAGUGAGAGAGCAGUUUAGUCAGUCAGCACCCACAGAAGAAGUGAAAGAAUUCACUGAAGCAGGGCAAGAAACAGCUGCAGUAAGAGAGUUAGUCCCAGUAGAAGAAUUAGUCACUAGACAAGAACCAGUCAAAGUAGAAGACUUAGUCCCUGUAGAAGAAUUUUCUGAAGUAAGACAAGAGUUAGUCAGUAAGCCACAAGAAUUAGUUCCAGUAGAAGAAUUAAUAACAGUGAAAGAAUUAGUCACUAGACAAGAGCCACUCAUAGUGAAAGAAUUAGUCCCUGUAGAGGAAUUAGUCACAGUGAGAGUGUUGGUCAGUCAGCCACAAGAAUUAGUCCCAGUAAAAGAAUUAGUAACAGUAAAAGACUUAGUCAGUCAGUCACAAGAAUUAGUCCCAGUAAAAGAAUUAGCAAAAGUAAAACAAGAAGAACAAGCCAUAAACCAACAAGAAUUAGUCCCAGUAGAAGAAUUAGUCAGUCAGUCACAAGAAGAACCUGUCACUCAGCAGAUAAUUAAUAUGGAGAUAAUCAAUCAGCAAGCAGAAGAAGACCUAGCUAGCCAAGAAAUAACCAGCCAUGAACUAAUUAUGCCAGACUCAGACAGCUGCUUAAUCAAUGAACAGACAGACAGAAUCGCAUACGAAUUAAUACACGCACACAGUGGAAUAAACUUAGUCCCAGAAAGUACAGUAGACACAGAUAUAGUUCCGUUAAAUAUUCCAGUAUUCAAGAAUAUUUCAACAGAAACAGAAAUAUAUACACCCUCAGAUACUAUAAAUACAGUAGCCUACGACUACCGUGCAGACACAAGUGAAGAUAUUUCUAGACCAGAAAGUAUUCCUAGUAUUUACACGUACCUCAUGGCAAAAUAUAAAGUGGAACAAGAAGAAGUCGCUAGACUGCAAGAAGAAAAGAACAAAGAACAAAAAGUAUCACCUUCUGUUGAAGCAGAAAUCACCAUGUGGUCAAAUAAUAAAGAGAUGAGAUUCCUUGGGUACGACAAAGAAUUAAUCUCAGAAGCCAUCAGAACAGCAGACGAAAGAAGUAAAUUAAACGAAGCACCAAUUCCAGACAGAGAACCACACGAAUUAGCAAGCUACGUAUACACAGACACAAUAAAAAAUAUUGAAGCAAAACAUAAAAUAAGUGCACAAGUAUACGUAUACGCAGGAGAUGAAGCUGCCAUAAAAAGUGCAUUCCUGGAGAUAGGAAAGAACUUCCUGGAAAUUAGAAGAAAAUAUCUCCCAUGGAGAUCUCACAAGGAAAUAGUCAAAUUAUACUAUCUCCUGAAGUAUAAGCUAAGACUAAAGCCAUCACAGAUAGCAACAGACACCAGAAAGAUCCCAGACAAAGAACUCAAUGAGAUUGUAGCCAGAGACUGGGCACCUCAUGAAAUGGAAAUAUUCUCAAGCUUAUUCCCAGAGUUAGGGAAGAAGUGGAAGGAGUACAUGAAAAGUAUCCCAGGGAAGACAGAAAUAGACCUAAAGAUAUUCUACAAAUACUUCAAGAAAUAUCACCAGAAGAAAGAAAAGGCUCCCGUAAAGAUAAAACAAAGAGAAGAAAAAAAGGAAGAAACAUUAGACGACUGGAAGAUCCAUGAGAGACAGACAUUCGCCCUUUUAUUCCCGCACAUUGGAAAGAACUGGGGCGUACUUGCGAAUUACAUUGUCACAAAGACAGCUGCAGAGAUCAGGGCGUACCACAGAAUAUACUACAAGAAUUUAAGGGCAGGUGAAAGGAUCCUGGAAAUAUACUUAAAGGACAUUGGGACAAAAGAAGUAAGGACAGACCCAUUGCCCAUCCAUGAAUUUGCAGGUCAUCAGCAGAAACACAGCAGAUACGCAGGUGUCCUAUUUUCAUGUAAAUAA